UGCUCUGUGCGUUCUUGAAUUUACCUGGAUCAGGUAACCGAUGACUCACCUCAAAGCCCCGCCCACUUUACCUCCCACCUGCGAAAAAGCCGCAGAGUUCAGAGCAGCCGUCAGUAGCGCGUCGCCUCACAGUUCCAGCAUCAGCGCAGAGAAACUCAAGCUGACUAACUGAAGACGUCUUUAUUGUUUCGCACCGCGCGGACCUACGUUUUCCCCACUCUCUGGUGGAACUGUAACUUUGUAAUCUCGGUCCCAUCGUCGCUUCGCCAUGAGUAUGACCUCGGAGAACGUUUUUCUGACGGCGCUGCAGCCCAACACGACCGUCAGCACUUACGCGGUCCCCUCCGAAACCGAGCUGUCUCACGGCGGGACCCACGCCAAGGAGGAGGCGAGGUUCAAACGCGUGCACCAGCAGGUGUCCAUGAGACUGGCGGAGAAAUCCACGCUUCCGCGCCAGAACGGCUCGUCGUCGUCCCAGUACGCAGCCUCAGAGUCUGGGAAUUACCCGACGAUGACAAAAUAUUCAACAAUGAGCCAGAAUUUCACUCCAAAUUUCAGCUCUAAAUCCUUCGUCUAUGCCUCCGGCAGACCAAUGACGGCCCAGCGUCCAUCCCAGUACUCUAGUGGUUACACAUCCCGCUCUGCCAUUGAUUUCGGCCCAAGAACCAAAAUCAGUUACACAGGAGGUGGAGGUGGUGGUGGAGGUGGGGCAUAUUAUCAAGAAGAUUUUGUAAGCGGCGGUUACCAGGGUGGCGGUUUCCAGGGUGGCAGUUACCAAAGUGGCGGGGGCCAAGUGCAACAGCAGCAGGUCAACACAAUGACUCGAUCCUUCAGCCGAAUGGGGGGAGACCCGGAGACCCAGUCGAUGCAUUCCAUGCGUGUGGCAUCCAUGCCGCGCCAGGUGGUUUCCUCAUGGGUGGCGCAGGACGACAGCGACGGCAGCCUGGUUUCAGAACGAGACGCCACUUACACGCAACAGGCCUCCCUGCAAAACAUGAGCAAUGGUUACGCCGCCAACACCUACCCACGUCAGUCCGUGUAUUCGACCUCUAGGGUGAACGGAUUAGAGAGCGGACAGCAGCAGGUCAGUUCCAUGACUCUGCCGGCCAUGAAAAGCUCCCUUAGCGGGACGCUAGCCACUGGCGGCGGAGGAGGCGGCAUGGAGCAGGAGGUGUACGUUAGACAGCAGUCCUUCAAAGGCCCUGCCCACCGCACCAUCAGCCGAAUCAACAACCGGCAAACGAGUCGCACGUCCAACAUGUCAUCAGGCAUGUACGGAACUACCGGAUUCAGCGGCUCCCAGAACAACCUGGCCAUGAUGCAGCAGGGACGGCUGUCGCGCGCCGGAUCCGUCAGGAGCGUGCAUAGCGUCGGGAGAGGCAAGGAUGUGUUUGACGGCAUGGAUAUGACAGGCAGCAUGGGCAACCUGAGCGGACUCAACAGUUUGGACAUGCAGACUGCCAUUAACUAUCUUGAAGAGCCCGAUCAAAAUCUUCAGAUGUUGGGGGCUGCCUACAUUCAGCAUGAGUGUUACCAUAACAGUGAUACAAAGAAACAGGUGAACCAGCUAAAGGGCAUUCCUCUCCUGGUGCAGCUGUUUACCAGCGAGAGUCAAGAGGUGCAGCGCUACGCCACUGGCGCCACCAGGAACCUCAUCUAUGAGAGCAUGGACAACAAAGUGGCCCUUAUUGAAUCCGGCGGGAUCCCCAAGCUCAUAGAAGCCCUUAAAGAACAAGACGACGAACUCCACAAGAACAUCACAGGUAUUCUGUGGAAUCUGUCUUCUAAGGAUAACCUGAAAGAAAGGCUGGCACGAGAAACUCUUCCCGAAUUGACAGAGAAGAUUCUGAUUCCCCUCUCUGGCACCGGGGACAAGGACAUCAUUGAGCUGAGCCCCUCAGAGUCCGACAUCUUCUUCAACACUACCGGCUGUCUCAGGAACUUGAGCUCGGUGAACGAGAAGACCAGACAGCAGAUGAGAGAGACCCGUGGCCUUAUAAAUGCUCUUGUUGGCUAUGUUCAGAAAUGCUUGCCGGACACUAAAGUGGAGGAGAAGGGUGUGGAGAACGCAGUGUGUGUGUUGAGGAAUCUGUCCUAUCAGCUGUACACUGAGAUUCCCCCCUCAGCGCUUCUGCGGCUGGAGGGUCCGAGUCGAGCUCAGAGCUCCUCAAAAGGAGAAGCUAUCGGCUGCUUCACCCCUAAUAGCAAGAAGGCCAAAGAUAGACAAAAUCAGGACCUCACCACAUUUACAGAAGUGUCACGGCAGCCCACAGACAUUGAGUGGCUCUGGCACCCUAAGAUAGUGGAGCUGUAUAACCAGGUGCUGCAUCGCUGCGAGAUCAACUCCACAACGCGAGAGGCCGCGGCCGGAGCCCUGCAGAACAUCACAGCUGGAGACAAGAGGUGGGCGUCCAUCUUGAGUUGUGUGGCGUUGGAGCAGAAUAGGAUGUUGCCUGUCAUUAUGGAUCUCCUCAGGACCAACAAUGAUCUCGAGCUGCGUUCUCUCACGGGCUUCCUCAGAAACCUCUCCCGUCACGCCAAGGACAAGAAUGACAUGGCCACAAAGGUGGUAAAUCCCUUGCUUGCCAAACUGCCCUCCGAUGGCCGCCAGAAGGAGCCAUCCAGUGAUGUGGUGCUAAACACCUGUGGAACCCUCAACAACCUGGUGACCAGCAGCAUGGUGGCUGCACGAGACAUCGCCUUCUUCGAUGGUCUGCCCAAGCUAGUGGGCAUCAAGACAUCUCAUGACAGCAGCCCUGCUAAACUGAAAGCUGCUAAAGCAGCGGCAACAGUGCUGAGCAACAUGUUCCAGUACAAAAAACUACACAAAGAUUACAGAAGUAAAGGGUAUCAGAAAGAAGACUUUUCAGACAUGGGUUUCUGAAUGGAUUAUAUUGUCAAACAAGAAGAUAUUUAAUAAGGACAAUGGAUAAGGAAAACACAACCGGAACACCGGCAAAAUAAAUAUUCUGAAAAGUGGAUAACACACACAAGACUUUAUUGUUACUGUAUAGGACGAUCACUUCCUAUUUAGCCUCGUAUUUUUGUUAUUUUUCCCAAAAAUCCUCAGGGAUUUAUUGCAAUGUCUUUUUUUUAUACUGGCUGUUGCCUGUAUUUUUUUUUUAUUAAUA